AUGUACUUUCGUUAUCUGAAACUGGAUAAUCAUCUUUGGAUCGGCGUCAGUCUCACGUUCAACUUGUUCAAGUUAGCAGUUGUACCGUCAAACCAUCAAGAUUGUGACCUGCAGCCCUACCAUCAAAUAAUCAAGAUUACAGAAUACACAUACUCAACACAGUUACCUUCUGCGCCGUGUAUUGAACGAUGUGGACUUGAGGCCUUGAAGCGGGCAUCUUCAUUCACGUGUACUACUAUGUACAUUGCCCCUCGCCAUAGAUCAUCGAUUUACGCCAGACAGCAGGCCUCCCACGAGAAACGCAGAAGACAUUACGAAAAUCGUACAAACAACACUCCCUCCGUCAGAUUCCCCGAGUCUAACGCAAAUGACAUGUCGGAUGACGAGGUUGACUUUGAGGCAAUUGUCACUUUAUCCGAUUGUUUGGAGCUCGUACGCGAUGCAAAGAACAAAGUCCUGGCAAUCGUUCCUUCAGGGAUACCCACAGUAUACGUCGAGAGUGUCCUCCGCAAAUAUGCGAUGUCAUUGUGCACCAGUGUCGUCGGGGACAUUGAGAUACUCAAGGAUGCGCUUGGUUGCAUUGAGCCCUAUUUGAUAUGGGCACAGCAGGGGCAGGACAAGAUAUUCAACAUGUGUGGCAUAUGUGACGAAUGGCGCGCUGCUGAUGAGGUUUCUAGCUUCAUUGGGCAUCUGGUAGCUAUGCUGGAGGAUCUAUACAGACUAGCCGUUUGGGGUGACCUUGACGAGGCUUAUUUACUUGGGGAAACAAUGUACCAGAAGGUCUUGGGACUGCCGGCUCCUGGAGUCGAGCUCUGA